AUGGCAACUGGGAAAAAAUUUAACCGAGGGCUGAGUAAAGAGCAAUUUUCUAUUGAAAAAUCCCUAAAUGACUUGGAAAUGAGAAUUAAGGAGUUAGAGCAAAGUAACGAAGCGUUACGUUCACAAUUUAAAAAUUUAGAAGAAAAGGUUAAAGAGCGAGAAGUAGAAACCAAAGCCAAGCAAAAAAUUAUAAAUAAUUUAGAAGAAAAGGUUAGAGAAGAAACCAAAGCUAAGCAAGAAAUCAUUAAUAACUAUGAAGAAAAGUUUAGAGAACGAGAAGAA